AUGGCCGCCACCGCGUCUCUGUCCGCCGUCGCGGCGCCGCUGUCCGUGGCCGGGCUCAGGAAGCCGCUCGGCGCGUCGUCGUUCCGGCCCCUGCAGCCGAGGGCGGCCAGGAUGACGACGGUCGUGCGGGCGUCGGCGUCAUCGUCCGUGAAGGAGAAGGCGGCGGCCGGGCUGACCGCGGCGGCCCUGGCGGCCGCGCUGGUGGUGCCGGACGUCGCGGAGGCCGCGCAGUCGCUCACGCCGUCGCUCAAGAACUUCCUGCUCAGCAUCGUGUCCGGCGGGGUCGUGCUCGUCGCCAUUGUCGGCGCCGUCGUCGCCGUCUCCAACUUCGACCCCGUCAAGAGGGCCUGA